CUGGCAGUUACUACAGAUCUAACCAGUAGCAUUCGUUGUAAAGCCAGCAGGGGUUUUCCCUUCUCUUUCUUCACUUUAAAAACAAUCCUUACUGGGAAUAAGCUACCCUGAUCGAAGGUCCUGUCAGCAGCAGCAGAUUCUCCUCCUCCGGCAGCCACCAUGAAAAUAGCAUCUUUCAACAUCCAGAAGUUUGGAAAAAACAAAGUGUCAGACCCAGACGUCCUAAAUAUCCUGGUUAAGGUUAUAUCUCGAUAUGACAUCAUUGUGAUCCUGGAGGUGGUGGACAUCAGUGGAGAGUCUGUAAAAAUCCUCCUGGAUUCACUCAACACAUCCGACAGGACACAUCACUACACUCUGAAGAUCAGCAGUCGUCUGGGCCGAACGCGCUACAAGGAGCAGUUCAUGUUCCUGUACAGGGAUGACAUGGUGGACUUGGUGGGCUCCUAUCAGUUUGAUGACCAGGUGACUGAAGGUGGAGACGUUUUUGCUAGAGAUCCCUACAUCCUGCGAUUCAGAUGCCUCAACACAGUGCUGAAGGACCUAGUGAUGAUCCCAGUUCACACCAAACCAGACGACUCGGAGAAGGAGCUGGAUGAGCUCUACGAUGUCUUCCAGCACGUCAAGAAGAAGUGGAGAACCGAUAACGUGAUGAUCCUGGGCGACUUCAAUGCGGACGGCCUGUACGUCUCCAAGAAGGAAAUGAAGGGCAUCCGUAUCCGUAGCGACAAGAACUUCCACUGGCUGAUUGGAGAUGAUGUCGACACCACGGCGAGCAACCGAAACGACCACACAUACGACAGGAUAGUGGUGUACGGAGACGACAUGCUCCAGGCUGUGGUACCAAACUCUGCCAAACCCUUCAACUUCCAGAAGGCAUAUGGACUCAGUGAGGAGCAGGCUCUGAAAGUGAGCGACCAUUAUCCUGUGGAAGUGGAGAUGAAGGCCAUAAAUAAGAACACAGAUGUGGAGGAAGCUGCAGGACUCUGUGGAUUAUGUGUGUUUUUUUGGCGCAGGUCUGGACGGUCAGAUUGAGCCCCGGGGCCCUGUGGUCGUGGACGCGGGUCUGCUGGAGCUGAAGAGAGGAAACCUGCUGCUGGAGAGAGAGAAGCUCAGUCUGGAGAUCCAGAUUCUGCGGGCCAAGUUGGCCAAGAUGGCCCGCAGUGAUGAACUUUAAACUGAGGAGGCCAGAUCCAUCCAAAACACCCAACAGAACAAUAAACUCCUAACUUAACCCAGGUGAACCAGUGUUCAAGUUGCCCGUCACACCAGACACUGCGAGUUCACUGGACGCUGCAGAUGUUCUGGGUGCACACUUUACCUCAGGAACCCUCCUGAUCUCUUGAUGACUGCUAUCCCUCGUCAAUAUGAACUAACACAACACUUUUCACGAAGUGUUUUUGAUGUUUUGACUGAAUCAAGGUGCCACGUUGUCUGUCUUGUUUCCUCCAAGCUGCACACAUGGUGAAAUAAAAUAUAAUAAGCUCAUUUGUUACACAAACUAAUUCUUAUACGGAUACCUCAACAAGACCAAAUGUGCCAGGUUUGAGCCUUGGUUGAGUUUAAUCCAACAUCUUUUUAAACCGUGUGCUCAAUCUGUAAGUGGCAUCGUCUUAUAAAA